AUGUACGACUUCUUAGUCAACCUCUCACUGCUGGACACUGCCUAUAUCUCCAGCACGGGGCCUCAGGUGCUGGAACACCUGCUGGCAGCAGUGCGGACCGUGCCCUAUUGUGCUUGUCUUCCCCAGAUCUUCUUUCUCCACUUCCUGGCUCCCUGGGAGUGCUUCCUGCUCACAGCCAUGGCCUAUGACCGCUAUGCAGCCAUCGGCCGGCCACCGCACCACCUAGUCCUCAUGGGCCCUCCACUGAGGUUCUGCGGGCCUCGCCUCAUCACCCACUUCUCCUGUGGCCUCCCUCCACUGACCGGACUCUCUUGCUCAAGCACGUGGGCCAGCGAACUUGCCCUGUUCGUCUUCAGUUUCGUGCUGGCUCUUGCAGCCCGUGCCCCGGUUGCGAUCUCCUGUGUACGUGUUGUGGCUGCGAUUCUCAGGAUUCACUCCGCUGAGGGCCGAAGAGAAGCCUUUUCCACCUGUGGUGCUCACACCACCGUGGUCUGCAUUUUCUACAUCGCUCCAGUCCUCUGCUACAUCCUCCCCAGCUCCGCGUGCUCUGGCUUGCGGGACCGGGUGCUCCCUGUGCCAAGAGGGCUUUGUUCAAGGCCCUCGGGAAAGAAAGUGCCUCCUGGGCACCGGUCACAUCAAAUCAACGAGGAGUGUCCCCGGCUCAGGAGUUUCUCACAUCCGAAUGUGCUCCCAGUGCGAGGUGCCUGUCAGUCUCCACCUGCUCCACACCCCACCCUCGUCGCACACUGGAUGCCGUAUGGAUCCUCCCUGUACAAUGUAUUACACGAAGGCACCAAUUUUGCUGUGGACCAGAGCCAGGCUGUGACGUUUGCAUGGGACAUGGGAAGGGGCGUGGCCCUCGUACACACUCUAGAGCCCCUCAUCCCACGACACGCACUCAGCAGCCGUAGUGUAAUGAUUGAUGAGGACAUGACUGCCCGAAUCAGCACGGCCGACGUCAGGUUCUCCUUCCAAUGCCCUGGGCGCAGGUAUGCACCUGCCUGGGUGGCCCCUGAAGCUCUGCACAAGAAGCCUGAAGAUACAAACAGACGCUGAGCAGACACGGGGAGUUUUGCAGUGCUUCUGUGGGAACUGGUGACACGGGAGGUACCCUUUGCUGACCUCUCCAACACGGAGAUUGGAAUGAAGGUGGCACUGGAAGGCCUUCGGCCUACCAUCCCACCAGGCAUUUACCCCCGUGUGUGUAAGCUCAUGAAGAUCUUCUCCAGGGUGGGGCUGGCACAUGCCAGUGCUUUGGGGGUGAAUCCAAUCACACAGGAGUUUGAAAUUUCAUGCACGUGAUCCAUUUGGUGAAUCCUAUUUUGGGUGCCAGGUUUCCCCCCAUUUUCAGCAACGAUCAAGUAUUUCUGUUGCUCUUUCCCCCCCCCCCCCUUAUUCUAAAACACUGCUUUCUAUUUAUGGAAGUAAAACAUGGUCAUUGCA